CGUGAGAGAAAUACUCAGUGACAGCUAUAAAAGUGUUUCUGUAGAUCACUGGAGAGAGAAAAUAUCACUGCUCUCUGUGCAGAGUUAUUCAGAAUAUGUGAGGGUUAAGAGAUCCAGUGAAUUUACAGGAGCUUAUAAAAAUGCCAUCAGAUUAGCUUUUGGUUAUAUUCUGUCUCCAGAGGAUGAAUCUCAGAUCAGAUCAUUAGUCACAGAUGUUGUUCAGCAGACAGACAGAAUGAUUCAGACAUUUAACAUUUCAAAGAUGGGCUACAACAUCAUCUGCAUUCAACAAAUCACAGAUUACAUCAGAGCAAGAGUAACACAACAUGAGGAAGAACAAGUGAGAUAUGUGUUCAAGAAUGAGUUCUUCAUGGAUUUGGUUCUGUCCAUCUGUGAGAGAGCAAACAAGAAGAUCACUGAGCAACACACACUGUUCAGAGAAGACAAUGAUCCUGUUUUCUAUUUGGAGAAGAAGAGAGAAGAGUACUUUAGUUUUUUUCCAGAAAAACUGUCAUGGAUCCGCAUCAGCUGCUAUGUUUGGAGAGAUCCUCUGUCAGAAACUGAAAGAGCCGAUUGAACAGAGCGUCUACAAGAGAACUGCCAGAGAUUUAGCAGAUGAAAUGAGAUCAAACUGUGAACCACUGAAUGGAGACAGAUCACAUCUGGAGAAACACAUCCUGAAGACACUGGCAGAAGAGGAGGAUUUCAACAAAUACAUGAACUACAUUCAUCAUCCCAGAGAUCACUUCAAGAGUUUCAUCAGAGAUGAAGUCAGUCGGUACAUCACUGAUCAGUUCAGUCUCAGUGUUUUACCCAAGAUGAAGGAGAACAUUAAACUCCUGGAGCAGAAGAUCAUGAGAGCAGCUCAUCAAUCUACUGAACGUGUUCAAGAGAACAGAGGAGAUGUUGGUUUGUGGUUGAAGAGUUUCACACGGCAGAUCUCAGAUGAUCUGAUCUUCUCUGAGAAACACCUCAGUGGAGUCAAACAUGAUGAUGUUGAUGAUAUCAAUCUCCUAGAAGAUGUGAUAAAGAGAGAACUUCCUGCUAUAAUAUCUGAGAUCAGCAGGAGAUUAAACACAGAGUCAUUUCCUCUGAAACUGGACUAUAAGUUCAGACCAGAUGGGGUUCAGAUAGACCUCUUCUGUCAGUGCUGUUGGGUUCAGUGUCCGUUCUGUGGAGCCACCUGCACAAACACCACAGAAGACCAUCCUGGAGAUCACAGUGUUCCUCUCCACAGAGUGACUGGAGUUAAUGGACAUUUCUACAGAGGAACAACAAACUUGUGUAUUAACAUCUGCACAUCAGAUGUAGCAAGUGAUCAAUGUUUUUAUCUCGAUGGAUCAGAUGAUAGAGUCCUCUAUAGAGAGUACAGAAGAGCAGGAGGAGAUUAUGAGAAGUGGAGCAUCACUCCUGAUCUCUCUGAACUGAUCUACUGGAAGUGGUUUGUGUGCAGAUUCAACAGAGAUCUGGAGAAAUACUACAGGAAAACAUUCGAGUGGAGUGGAGAGAUACCAGAGGAAUGGAGGACAUACACAAAACAUGAAGCCCUUGAGAGUUUGGAGAAAUACUUUUAAAAUAUAUAAACUUAUAAAGCAAAACAACACUCUUUUAGACAGUUACAGAACAAUAUAAAUAUGCUGUUCCAAGGGGAAAAGAUGUAGUUCCUUCAAUCUGUUUUAUGUAAGAAAUUAUAGCUAGGAAUGUAUUUAUAAUAAAUCAGAUUUUAUUCACUAUACCUGGCAAACCUCAACAUCAUUU